CAUGUGUGUUUCUCCCUCAGCAGUCUCUGGGCGGCCGGCCAUGCGCCGCCGCACGCCGCCUCUCGCGGCCCUCUGAUGGCCGGCCGGCCGGCCGGCUAGCUCGCCGGUGCCGCCUGCAUAUAUAGCAUGGCCUCCCGGCGUCGUCCUCGGCAGCCACCGUGUCGGCGUUCUCAUGCCCUCUGGCGCCUCGCCGGUUACAGCACGCCGCCGUGGCGCGCCAUCCCGCGGAGCAGCGCGAGGGCCUCGCCGGCGCUUUAUUUGUUUCUCUAUCGUAAAGCAUUGUCGUUCGUUUCUUGGCUUUAUUUUGUUGCCCUCCUUUUGUCUCGAAAUUUUUCUCUGUUUCCCGGGAUUGAUCUACUCUGAGUGCGAGCUGGGUGGACUCUGAUGAAAAACGCAACCAAAACACACCAUCUUUCGGGGCUGAUUGGCUCGUGCCAUGCUGUCACCUCUGCAAUUCUGAUGUCCCCCUUGAUACGCUCCAGCUCUCUGGUUUAAAGUUUUUACACGGUGCAUCUUUUCAUCAGUGAUGUUCGUUUUAUUAGGUUUUUCGCUGUUAUUUUUUUAUUGAGAUUGAGACUGGGUUGGUUCGGAGAAGUGAGUUUGUUUGAUGGCCGGUGAUGAGAAACUUCGCAUAAAAGAACACCAUCUUUCGGGGCUGAUUGGCUCGUCACGAGCCAUGCUGCCAUUCUGCAAUUCUGAGGCCAAACCGAGCAAACCACUUCCGUUUUGAGGUUGGAGGAAAAGAACCCACUUUGACUGUCUUUCUGGUCGUGUUCAAAAUUUGAAUUCGAAUACCUGAUACGCAGAUCUGCCAAAGAAAGUGUUGCUGAUUUAAGUUGUGAGGCGAUCAUGUUCAAAUCGCAAUGCAUACAAAAGAAAGAAAGAGGCGUAAGCUUUGACAAUAAACUCGUUCCUGAAAUCUGAAGCAGUAUGUCGAGGAGUAAGAACCUGCCUGCUGCUCCUUACAUGACAGCGGUGCUCCCGCAAUCUUUUCACAAAAAAAAAUCUGAAUCUGAAGACAUGGACUCAAUCUGAACUCUGAAGAAUGACUCUGAAUUCUUCUUUCUAGAAAAAUCAUGACACUGAAUCUGAAGACGCAAAGUUACUGUCAAACGUGCAGCAGCAGAGCAUCUACGACUACCAUCUGGUUGAAUUGAACCAGUCACGAAAUGUCCAAAACCUAUGCCUCUGCUGAUGAUGCUUGGCAGCGGGAAACUUGAAAGUUCAAUGCAUUUCUUUCAAAACUUGAAAGUAAAAUGCAUGAUUCGUGAUCAACUGAACUACUUGGGAGGAUCCGGACUUUGCUGCUGUUUCGUUUGGGCUGGGCCUCUCUCCGCCUUGGGCUCGUAAACUUGGCCCAAAUGAUAAUCUGAGGACCCAAAUCGCAGCCCAGCCCACGCCUUCCAGCUCUCCCUUCAUCCCGCUGACACGCUGGGCCCGGGCCCGCUCUUCCGGCGUCCGAGCUGGCUGGGAGGGUGGCCCGCCGUGCUGACACGUGGGCAUUAACGCUUCCUCGAUUAAGAUUCUAAACCGAAGCAAGUGUAUGAACUAAUCCCCAUUUGAUGAACGAUUAAUUUACGAACGAAUCGAAACUUCCCCUCCGAUCGCCUCUUCCUCUCCCGCUUCCGCUUCCGCUUCCGCCCGCCGACGCCGCAGCCACCUCGCCUCGCCGCGACGUCUUCUUCCUCCCGCUCGCCAAGCAAAAGCCACCGCCCCUGCGGGGGGCGAGGUCACGGAGCCCAACCCGAGCCCCUCCCUUUAUCAGCCUGUACCCGGUGCUGGCGCGGGGCCUCUCCCUUUCCCUCCUCCGCGUCCAAGUCUGCUCCCAGGUCCAGAGGAGAGAAACCGCUAGCCGUUUGAGGGUGAUCGCGCUUGGGUUUCGAGGUCUGGUCGCGCCUCCUGCGGGCGGAAGGUGGCUUGGCGGCGAUGCGGCGGCGGGCGCGUGCCCCGGCGGUGUUGGCGGCGGUGCUGUGGUUUCUUGCGGCCGCCGCGGCAGGGGAUGCCGAUGCCGGCGGCCUCGAGCGCGCCUUUCCAAUAGUCGAACCAGAUUACGGACACACGAAACUCCGUCUUGCAAAAGAAGGUUUGGAGGCCAUUCAGAGGAUCAAAACUCCAAUAGCUGCUGUCUCUGUCAUUGGUCCAUAUCGAUCUGGCAAAUCUUUUCUUCUCAACCAGCUUCUCUCCCUAUCAUGUGACAAAGGUUUUGGAGUUGGACAUAUGCGGGAUACCAAAACAAAAGGUAUAUGGGUUUGGGGUACCCCCGUUGAGGUGGAUAUUGAUGGCUCCAUAGUUUCUGUCCUAUACCUGGACACUGAAGGAUUUGAGAGUGUUGGAAAAUCAAAUGUAUAUGAUGAUAGGAUAUUUGCUCUGGCAACUGUUUUAAGUUCUGUUCUGAUCUACAAUCUUCCUGAGACAAUUCGUGAAGCUGAUAUAUCUAGGCUUUCAUUUGCUGUUGAAAUUGCUGAAGAAUUCUAUGGAAGAGUCAAGGGGCAAGAUGUCGCUUUUGAGCCAGCAAAACUUCUGUGGCUAAUCCAGAGGGAUUUCCUCCAAGGAAAAUCUGUUCAGCAGAUGGUUGAUGAAGCACUGCAACGGGUGCCUAACAACAAUGGAGACAAAUCUAUUGAUGAGAUCAACCAAAUCAGAGACUCUUUGGCGGUUAUGGGAGAUAACAGUACAGCUUUUAGCUUGCCACAGCCUCAUCUGCAAAGGACACAGUUAUGUGAUCUUGACGACAAAGAACUUGAUCCGUUGUACUUAAAAAGGAGAGAUCAACUGAAACAAAUUGUUUCAUCCAUGAUAAAACCAAAAGUUGUGCAAGGUAGAACUCUAAAUGGGAAGGAGUUUGUAUCCUUCCUAGGGCAGAUAGUUGAGGCUUUGAAUAAAGGUGAAAUUCCAUCAACUGGAUCACUUGUUGAAGUUUUCAAUAAGGCCAUUGUUGAACGUUGCUUGAAGUUGUAUAAUGAAAGAAUGGGCAGAGCAGGUCUGCCAGUAUCAGUAGAUAAACUUCAGCAGUUUCAUGACCUGGCAAAAGAUGAAGCUAGAAGCCUCUUCGACAAGCAGCAUUUCGGUAAACAUCAUGCUGCUCAAUCCACCUCCAAGCUUGAUGAAGAGAUUAAAAAGGUCUUCAGAAACUUUGGUCAAGCCAACGAAUAUCAGUCGUCAAAGCUGUGCGAAGCACGAUUCUCAGAGUGCGAAGAUAAAAUGGAACACCUUCAAGUCUUAAAGCUUCCGUCCAUGGCAAAAUUUGAUGCAGGAUUUCUUCUCUGCAAUCAAAGUUUUGAAAUGGAUUGCAUAGGACCAGCCAAGGAAAGUUAUCAACGCCGGAUGUCAAAGAUGCUGGCAAGAUCACGUGCUCUUUUCAUCAAGGAGUACAACAACAAGCUCUUCAACUGGCUGGUGAUAUUCUCCCUGGUCAUGGUUGUCGUCGGGCGCUUUGUGAUCAAGUUCUUCCUGCUUGAGAUUGCUGCCUGGGUGAUGUUUGCCUUCCUGGAGACGUACACGAGGCUGUUCUGGUCCUCGGAGUCCCUGUACUACAACCCUGUCUGGCACGUUGUCGUCUCUACCUGGGAAACCAUUGUCUACAGCCCUAUUCUUGAUCUUGACAGAUGGGCAAUCCCAAUCCUUGUCGUGCUGUCGUUUUUGGCAAUUUAUUGGCGUUGUCUGGGUGGAAGGAAAGGGAUCGCACGGUCGUUGCUGCCUCUGUACAAUGGGUCUUACAGAAGCUCCAAUCGUCAAAGAACAGACUAAUCCAUCAACUACACACAAACAACAAGAGCAUGUACAUACUCCACCUGUUGUCUGGGCGUGAUUUCAUUGAAGUCCACAUGGAUAUGAAUAGGACAGCAAAAAUGAGCAUCCUGGAGGCUACCUGCAAGCUUCGGUUGUAAAUAUGCUCAGAGGUGUCUUGUGCUCAUCCAGCUGAAUUGCAUUCUUUAUAGUAACAUUAAACUCAGAGUAAAGAGAUGCUGGUGCACGAAAUAUGGCUUUCUUUUAUUCUGCACCAUUUAAAGGAGAGCCUAGAACUCAAAUGUGCCAUACUGCCAUUUGAACUGGCUCCCAACAAGAAAUACAGUGAAUUACAUUUA